AGAGAGCUGCGGAGGGCCGGGCGGUGCGCUCCCGGGCGGAGCCGAGUCCUCGGGGCUCCGGAGCGGAGCGGGGCGGGGCGGAGCGGGACGGUCGAUCGGUCCGCCGUGCAGCUCGUUCAGGUGCCGCCGCCGCUCCACGUAGCCCGGCGGCGGGCCGGCUAGGGCACACGGACCUCGGCCCGCGGCUGUCCUUAGCCCAAGCCGGGCCCUUGCGUCCCAGGACUCCCGCGGAGCCAUGGCGGGCCCUGGCCCGGGAGAUCAGGACGAACACUACGAUUUCCUGUUCAAGCUGGUGUUAGUGGGCGACGCGAGCGUGGGCAAGACGUGCGUGGUGCAGCGCUUCAAGACCGGCGCCUUCUCGGCGCGUCAGGGCAGCACCAUCGGUGUCGACUUCACCAUGAAGACGCUGGAGAUCCAGGGCAAGCGGGUCAAGUUACAGAUUUGGGACACAGCUGGCCAGGAGCGGUUCCGGACCAUCACCCAGAGCUACUACCGAAGUGCCAAUGGGGCUAUCCUUGCGUACGACAUCAGCAAGAGGAGCACCUUCUUGUCAGUGCCUCACUGGAUCGAGGAUGUGAGGAAGUACGCGGGUUCCAACAUCGUGCAGCUGCUGAUUGGGAACAAGUCAGACCUUGCCGAUUUCCGGGAGGUCCCAUUGGCGGAGGCACAGAGCCUGGCUGAGCACUAUGACAUCCUCUGUGCCAUCGAGACCUCCGCAAAGGACUCCAGCAAUGUGGAGGAGGCCUUCACCAGAGUGGCCACGGAGCUCAUCAUGAGGCACGGAGGUCCCAUGUUCAGUGAGAAGAACACAGACCACAUCCAGCUGGACAGCAAGGACAUUGCGGAGAGCUGGGGCUGUGGGUGCUGACCUCCCCUCCUCCUCUGUCUCCAGCCUGUCAAGCCCCACCCUUCAGAGUCAGCCCUCCCGGGCACUGGCUUCUCUAGAGGGAUUCUGCACCCCUGGCCUGGAUGCUGUGUAGGAAGGGAGAUGCUAUGCAGGGUAUCCUGUGUAGAAGGCUAUCGGUCCAGGGCAGGAUGUGGACCAUCCCACCAGCCAGCAUCUGCUCUCUCGAUGUUCUUCACAUUCCAGGACUAGCCUGAGCCUCCAGCAUAGACUGUGGUGGGAAAUGGGCUGGCUGUGCUGCCCAACUGCCUCGUGCUGGUGUUGACCUUCUCCUGCCUUGACUGCUGCAGACGUGCAGUGGGUUGCUGCUCUCCAGGGAUGUGGCUGGUACCCCAGGUUCUUCCAGGUCAUUCUCCUGCCUCUUACCAAAGUAUAAAAAGCACAUCAAUUAGACCCACAGACUGGUGCCGAGCCUUGUCCCGGGGAGGCCUGAGCCCAUCAGGUGGGAUCAGCAUCUGUCCUCACUGCCAGCUUGGAGCUCCGAGCUCCCUGGGCCUGGCUCGAUGCCUUACCAAGACCUCUCAGAUGUUUUCUUUUCCAUGUAGCAUCCCAUUUUCACUGACCCAAUUGUAGAGUCAUGGUCAGGGGCCAACUGGGAACUGUCUCUGGGCUUAAGGCCCAAAAUGUUGCCAGUCAGGUUGCAAAAGCAGCUAAUCUUUCAGUGUGGUUGAAGGGUGAGAUAGGAAAGUGGAGGUUUAAGAAAAAAGGAGCAGCUUUCGAGGGGCAGCUCGUGGGUAGAGCACAUGCUUAGCACAUGCCAGGCCCCAAGUUCAGUCCUCAGCACCAAAAACAACAGAGGAGCAGCUUUCGAGGGGCAGCUCGUGGGUAGAGCACAUGCUUAGCACAUGCCAGGCCCCAAGUUCAGUCCUCAGCACCAAAAACAACAGAACAGCAGCUUCUGGGGUGUGUCUGAGGUUGAGGGCCCUAUGGAUGCCAGCCUUGCCCCGUGUGGAGAAGCCAUCCCUGCGACGACUGUCCAGAGCUUCUAGUUCCCUGUGGUCCUGGUCUGGCUUACAGUUUCAAAGCAAAAAAGACGAGUGCCCACUGGCCUGAGACCUGCCUGCCUUAACGGGUGCUUCCUGCUGGGGUCAGAAGGAGUUGUUCCCCGCAUCUUCCUCCUGCUGACAUCCUACCCUUGCCUCCCACCUCAAGCAUUCUGAUCUGUCAGCACCUUUCCUAGGGAGAUCUGGCCACAGGGCACUUUGCAACAGCUACAUGGCAGCCCAGGGAGACAGAACUGUGGUGAACUAGAUAAACAGGGCUAGACUCACUGGGGUCCCCUUCAGGUAGGAGGCAGCCUGUGUACUAGCUGAGCCUGGCUCUGAUGGCAUGGAAUCAGGGUCUGCUCUGAGUGCUCUCAGGUGGGGAUCACUGUGGCUGUACUGGGUUAGAGCUGCAUGGCUCUAAGGGCUGGGGACCAUGAAGCCCGUAAGGCUUUCUUAACCCGUAUGAUCCUUUUGGGGGCAUGGCAGUGACCUUUUCACAGGGGUCACCUAUCAGAAAACAGCUGACUGUCUUCCUUUCCUGGGCCCGAUGCACUUGAGAGAGUCCUGCUUGCUGGUUUCAGUUGGCUCAAACUCUUAUCAGGGAGAGCUGGUUCCUUCCCUGACCCCGCCCCUGCAGAGCCUGACUCCACCCACGGGUGGGUACUACCCAACUCUGAGCCUGCCCUUUGUACUGCACAUGGUCUUCAGAGCCAUCUGGCAUCUGUGGUUCCAUGAGUAGAACCUGGGGGGUUGACGUCUCCAGAGCCAUUCAGGAAGGCAGCCUCUCAUGGCCCUGCUGGGUGGUGGGGAGUUUGCCAGGUCUUUGGUUCAGGUGUUCAAAUGGAAGUCCCAUUUUUAGGAUGUGUCUGUCUCUCUGAGUUUAGAUACUGACCCUGCCAUAGCUACCCACUACUACCCAGCAAGCCUUGCUCUUUAGCGAUACCAGUGCUGAGCCCAGCAGGACGUUAGGGUUCCAAUGUACUUAGGGCUUAGAAGAGGGAGGUCAGAGACCUUUUGCCCUAAACAGAGCUCUACCCUUUCCUUCACAAGAUGGCAACUGACUGGUGAUGGGGCUCACUUGCCACCCUGGGCCAUGAGCCCACUUUUCUAGCCUCCAAAGACUGGAAGCCAUGAAGCCAGUGAGGCAGUGUUUCUUAAGCUGUGAGUCUCAACCCCUUUAGUGAGCUCAAAGGACUCUAUCACAGGGGUUGCCUAUCAGAAAACACAGAUACUUACAUUACGAUUCAUAAUUAGCAAAAUUACAGUUCAGUAGGUACGAAAAUAAUUUUGUGGUUGGGGGUUACCACACCAUGAGGGCUGUAUUUAUGUGGCGGCAUUAGGACAGUUGAGGACUGCCAGAAGGGCCUAACCUGGAGUGGAACAGAACUCAGUGGGCUCUGCUUGGCCAGGUAGCUUCUUCACUGGUGGCCCCGUGGCUCACCCAGCAACCAGGAAGAUUAUUUCUUUCUUCAUUCACAGGACGAUAACCUCACUUCCCUUUCACAAUCCCUGGGUGCCGGGUGCGGAUGAGGUCCUGCCCUGUGCCCUUAUGUAGGAGCGGUCCUGCCCUAAGAGUUUAGCACAAACACCAGUCUCCUUGACCCCUGCACUCCCCCAGCCCUGCCCUGUAACCACCCUACUGUCUCACUUUCCAGGUUCCAGUUUCACUGCCAGGUGCAGGUCUGGAAGGCCAGGCCCAGGGCCCUCAGCCAGUGGGGAUAAUCAUGGUCUCCACAGCCUGCCUAUCUCUCUGCUCGCUGUUAUGUCUGGGGCCAACGUGACCCCCUCUCCCAGGUCUCUCAGCCAACCUGCCUUCUUACAGCACGGACUCCCACAAGUGACCCAAAGCACACAUCUUUGAGGGGCGAUGGGCCCUCCCCAGCCACAGGCCCUAUCCCCAGCAUCCUAGCAAGGAUGAAUUCUUCCCUUGACCCCAAUUCUGUGGCCUGAGAGGGCCCUGAGUCCUGGACUGAAGCUGGCUUCUAUGGAGAAGCUGCAUCCGUCCCUUCUAACAGUAGUGCCAAGGCUCAGGCCCUCUGCUGAGGCCCCUGCCCCACCAAAGUGCUCAGAGCGACCUUUGGGCCUUUGUCGGAAGGUGCCCAGGGCUUGAGGACCAGAACAUAAGCAAUGCCCGUUUAGAAACAAACCAGCUGCUUCCCUUCCCCUGGGCAGGCUUGGCUGCCUGCCAACAGCUGCCCAGGGCCUCUGGGGCAAUAGAAGUUUAAUCUCUUCCCUUGUUUGAAGAGUUACUGAACAGCAGGAACAGGUGGAGGCUGUUGCUGUUGGGGAGGAAGUACCCACAGAAGGGCUGGUAGGGCCAGGGUGGUAGCAGCAGGAGAGAGGUCCUGUCCACUAAAGGUACUAGAGAAGGGACCUCAUGUCUCUUUGGGUGGAAGUCUGUCCCCAAGGACACAGGCCCCAACUGGAGGGGAUCUACCCGAAACCCCUGGUUCACACUGAACAGGUUGCCCUGUCCCAGGAUACUGCCAGCAGUGGGCCUCUAGCCAAACUCCCCCCUGCAGGGCUUGGGCAGGGGCAGACUUGCCAGCCCAAGGGUGCCAGGCACAUUGGGGAGAUUUUCACAUUACCUAUUUAUGAAGAUGUAAGUCUUUCUAUCAAAUCUAUUUUUGAAACAUGAAAAGUUGCCUUCCUGGAUAUGUCAGAGACAGUGUACAAUUCAACCAUUAAACAUUUCUGUAUUGACUCUGUGCUCAA